UGCAUUUGUGCUUUCCCCAAACGUUGAGGGAAGGAUGAUGAGUGCUUGAACAGGCAGUGUGAGAAUGCUGUAUGGCGCUAACCGCAGAUUAUUUUCGUGAUUUUGUUGUGUUGUUUGCUGAGUUGUAAACUCUUUUUUUCUUAAUCCCCCUUGAUCAUCAUUUGACUGUAAAUAACUAUGCUUUUUGCCUGGGUUCACACAAGUCAGGGCCUGCAAAGCCUUCUCUGCUGGCCUAAACAUGAUCAGAAGCACUAACAUACAUUUACAUACAUUGUUCCAUGAAGCUGUAUUAUUCCAUGAAGCUGUAUUAAUUUAUUCCAACUUUAUUCCAAUUUAUUCAUUGCGUCUCAUGGCUGCACUGCUUCCAGUAGUGUGUGUAUGUUAGAUUAUUUUUGCCCAAUCAGAUUUCAGCUUCUAUGUGUUGCAAUCUUUUUUCUUUUUUUUUUGCCCAUAGUGACAUCAGCACUUUUCCGUCCUCUGAUUGGUUGAUCAGAGCGAAACUGGUCAACAAGCUAAGUUGCUAGAGAUGAGCGGCCCAUGAAGCAUGAAGCCAACAUUGUUCAAUAGCUCGGUGGUUAUUAUAUACACAAGUUAGCGCCAAAAUAACCUGUCCAAGCAAUGACAGCCACCAAUCCGUUUCCAACCGUCAAUACACGCUGUGGCGCUUCCAAUGUAAGCGGUCACGAUAUUUGCAGAACGAUACAAGCUCCGAAGCACUAUUUGGACGCAGUGUGAUUCAGGAAGUCCGACACAGGCGGCAAGGCUUGGGGUUCAUUUGACCGUCAACAUAAGUUACGCCCACAGUGGCAGACUGAGGAGGACAAAUUGACCUCCCUGGUGGGUAGAUGUAUUUUACUGCAAAGGUUUCAUAUUUUUGUCCUGUUAGAUAAAUACGUGGCAAUCUUAUGGCCAUGGUGGCUAUCUUACUUAAAGGGUCCCUGACAUGAUUAUUGAACUUUGCUUAAAUAUGUUAUAUAUUGUUUGUAAUUAUGUUGUACAUUGUUCCAUUUUAGAAAGCAAAUGGUAAAUUCUCAAAAAAAUGCCAUUUAUAGUUCAGGGCACCAGCCAUGACGAGCUAGCUCUCGCUGUUCAGUCUUAUUUCCGGAAGCGACGCCAUCAGAGUACUAUCACUCAGGUAAACAAACAUGGCGGUGUACGAGACGGAGGCUGUUUACAGUGAUUACUGCCAAGAUUUGAGCCGAGUGUGAAUAGUAUUUUGAGGAGGGAGAAACAUUUGGAGAUGAACUAGAGAACUUGCAGAACAUGGACUUAAUGUACGUGGAGAUGAAGAUUGGUCGCCUUCAAAACACAGAAUGGUAGAGGAGUUUGUGCCAUGGUGGGAGUGGAGAGUAUCGCUACGAGCUGGUGAGGGUGUAAACCCCGCAGCAAGGAGUCCACCCGCAGACACGCAGGAAAAGAAUGGCUCGGAAUGUCAACUUUGACCUGGGCCACCCUCUGAUGGAAGGAGUGGAGAGCCCAGCAGAUGAGGAAGGCGUUCAUGACUCAUUCAACCAGCUGAUAGCAGAGCAGACCUACAACGGAGGCCUGGGAGAAGCCUUUGAGCUGCAGCUGCUACAGAAAGACCUAGAUGAGGAAAGUCAAGAUAAUGUGGCACACCUGUCUAGCCCUGGACCUGAGUUCAGGGAGAGGAGGAAGCGGGGAAGGGCGCUGGAAUGGGAGGAUGAUGAAAGAGUGAUGGAUCCCUCCGCUGGAGAACGAUGGUCUUCAGCCACCUUGAAGAUUCUGUCUUCUAUGCCCAGUCGUACCAUUGGCCGCAGCAGGGGAGCCAUCAUCUCGCAAUACUACAACAGGACCAUGCAACUUCGGAGACACAGGCAGAGCAGACCCUCCAUCCAAGACUUCUCGCACUCGGCCAGACCCAGCAUACGAGGAUACGGCUUGGAGACGGACAAUACGGACGCAGAGGUCAAUAAACGGGAGCGUCUGGUGAAUAACUUGCAAAACCUGUCAGUCAGCGACAGAGUCAGGAUGCUCCGAGCGAUGCCUCUCAGCGUGGCGGAAAAGAGUGAACUCAGGAGGUUAACUUUGCAGAAGGAGAGACGAACGCUGUCUGGAAGUCAGAUCCCCUGCUGCAGUCGACUCAAAUAUUACAUCAUCAUCGCCGCGAGACACAGUUGGUACAGCUGGCUGUCCUUCCUGCACUCCCUCCACCUGUGGCAGGAGGCGCUCAAGCGUGUCAGCGGCCGUUUCGGCAGCGGAGUCCUCUCGUACUUCCUGUUCCUCAAGACCCUGCUCUUCUUCAACCUCUUCCUCUUUGUGGUGACGGCUGCGUUGGUGGUGCUGCCUCAGGCGGUGCACCCCCCACCUCAGUCCGACGGCAGACGCAACUUCACCGGACUAGAGAUCCUCACUGGAGCCGGCUAUUUCUCAGACACAGUGAUGUACUAUGGAUACUACUGCAACUACACGCUGCAGAGGAGCUGCAGGAAUGAAAGUGGGAGCGGAGGGCAGUACAUCUCCGCAUCCAACGCUACCAGCCUGGACUGUACAUUGAAGCGUCUAACUUACAAGAUGCCGCUUGCCUAUUUCUUCACCAUCGCCACCGCCUUCUUCAUCACUUGUAUCAUCCUUGUGUACAGCAUGUCAAAGUCAUUUGGUCGAAGCUUCCGAAUUGACAAAUCUCACAGUAACCUGGCCAUGAAAGCCUUUUGCUGCUGGGACUUCAAGGUGAUCAAGAAAACUUCAGUCAAACUCAUGUCUGAGAAUAUCUGCACCCAGCUCAAGGAGCUGCUAGCAGAGGUCAGUCAUAAGCAUUCCAAAAACACCGUGUGCCAGAAACUGUGGAGAUUGGCGGUCCACAGUCUGGCCUGGGCUAUCUGCAUAGCAAGCACCACCGCCUGUGUGCUCAGCAUUUACUACUUCUCUGGCUACAUGCACCAGAACCUCCAGCAGAGUUCUCGCAGCGUGAGCACGAACCCGUUGCUGAGCGAGGCUAGCCUGCUGGCGCUCCCUGCGCUCGUGUCCGUCAUCAACUUGGUGCUGCCCGGCAUGUUCAACCUGGCCGCCUGGAUGGAAGACUACCAGUCACCCUCCGUGCGCACAUAUGUCGCCAUCGGCAGAAACUUGAUGCUGAAAGUGAGCGUGCUGGGAGUGCUCUGCUACCACUGGCUGGGUCGGGUGGCUGCUGAUCCCGGCAGUAUUGGCCUGCAGUGCUGGGAGAGUUUUGUUGGCCAGGAACUGUAUCGCUUCCUGAUAAUGGAUUUCAUCUUUACUCUACUAGACACCUUGUUUGGAGAGUUUCUUUGGAGGUUGUUUUCUGAGAAGGUGCUGAAGAGGAGGAGGAAACCGGUGUUUGAUAUUGCUCGGAAUGUGCUCGAUCUCAUCUACGGUCAAACCCUGGCCUGGCUGGGCCUUCUAUUUACUCCUCUGCUGCCCGCAGUGCAGAGCCUCAAACUCCUUCUGCUCUUUUACAUCAAGAAGAACAGUGUCAUGAUGAACUGUCAGGCCCCCAGGAGGCCGUACAGGGUCAGCCAGAUGACCACCAUCUUCAUCACUCUCCUCUGCUUCCCCUCCUUCCUCGGGGCCUCAGUGUGUGUGACAUACACCAUGUGGAGCAUCACGCCCUCCUUGUCAUGCGGCCCCUUUCGUACGCUCAAAACAAUGUUUCAGGCGGGAAAGCGCUGGGUGGAGGACCUGGAAAAUCACAAUCCCAAUUUAUCCCUGCUGGCUAAGGCCCACUCCUAUCUGGUGGAGCACCCUGUCUUCCUGUUUGUGGGAGCAGGCAUCUUCUUGAUCGUCAUCUAUUUCCACAGCCAGGUGGUGGACGGGCAGAGGAAGAUCAUCAGCUUACUGCAAGAGCAAAUAGAAAAUGAGGGAGAAGACAAGAAGUUUAUCAUCACCCGUCUGCAGCGCAUCCACGAGCAGAGACGAACCUCGUCCAGAAGACUUGCAAGCCAGGACUCCACCCGCUGAGACUCUCGGGCAGGCAAACACCCCCUUCACAGUGGAGGACGUUUAACUGGAAACAUGUCUCGACAAGAUGAGUGGAACUGUCACACAUGUAUUGAAGUGAACUGUGGGAUGUUUGUUAAGGAAAGGCACCUGACAGGUGAGUAUGAAACACCUGACCUGCCAAGUAAUGGACUCUACAAGUUGUGGAAUCUUUCAGUGAUUGAAUGGGUUAAAAAAAAGUAGACAUGUACCUGUAGGUGCACUUUCAACUAACUGUGAACUUUUUUUUUUUUAUUGUCUUACAUUGGUGUUUUCUUUUUUUAAUGUUUAGAAAUACUGUCUUUUUACGUGUGUAUGCAGGUAACAGGAUGCUGGAAAUUGUCUUACUGUUGUAUGUUUUUAGGGUUAGAACUGCUUAUUCGUAGUUAUUAAAAUUAAAUUAUAUUUUAUGCACAUUGUUGUAUUUAUUUACGGGUCUUUUAUGAUGUAUUUUGAUGAGACCUACAGUAUGUUACAUGACCUUUACACUGCACGUAGUCAGCCAUGGCAUGUCCCGCACAAUAGACUGGGAAAAAAAGUUCUCCCCCCCGUUCUGUGUGGAAGUGGCUUCUUAGUUUUUUGGCUCCUUACUUUGUCCUUCUUCCCCACUGCGUUUGAAACACUGUCUUAAGUUUAGAAGAAAUAAAUGGGAGGCUAACUAGUUAGCUCAGUAGCUUUCUGUAUGCUUUGAGCAGCGGCCGUCUGUUACGGCCCUGCAGUGAUCCCGUAGCCUGC